UAGGUCAUUUGAAUGGGAGAGAGAGAAUAUUUUUCUUCUCUUUCCCCCGCCUCACCAGCCGAUCACCUCUCUCUCGCUCUUCUCUUUCUUCUUCAAAUUCCCGCGAAAGACUCUCCUCAUUACUUCCGACAACUCCUCCUCGCCGAUCGCUCGUUACGCGGCCACCUCUCUUCGUCUGCGCGUCUACAUCCAUAGUCAACACGAAGCCGCCGCCGAGUGUGAAGAGGCUACUGGUUGCUAAGUAUAUGGCCACUCCACCUAUGGUCCCUCUUAGUCAAGAAGCAAUUGUGACACCUACUAAAUGCAGUCCACUUGAGAAGAACCAACACAGAGAUAACCGACAAAGAGAAGCAUGUUGCUGCAGGGAGAAUCAACACAAGACUAGUUCUACACCCAACUCUAAGUCUAGGGUAGCCAAUGACAAGGUUCUGGACCCAAAGCAAUACUUUGAGAACAAGUUGAAAUUUCUGGGAGAGCAAAGGGCUGCCGGAAUCAAUCCAUAUCCUCACAAGUUCUAUGUUACAAUGAGCAUAACGGAAUACAAAGAAAAAUUUGGUGGGUUAAAGAAUGGGCAUCGUUUGGAGAAUGUGCAAGUAUCAUUGGCUGGAAGGAUGAUGAGCAAGCGUCCGUCUUCUUUGAAGCUUCUCUUUUAUGAUUUGCAUGGUGGUGAUUCUAAAGUCCAGGUCGUGGCUGAUGCCAGUUGUUCCGAGUUGGAAGAAGCUGAAUUUUCCAAGCUCCAUUCUUCAGUUAAACAUGGUGAUAUUGUUGGUGUAACUGGGUUCCCAGCAAAAUCUAAGAGAGGGGAGCUUAGUGUUUUUUCAAAAUCUUUUCUUGUCUUAUCCCAUUGCCUGCACAUAAUGCCAUUGCCAAGACAGAGUAGUAGUGUUAGUCAUGUGCAGAAAGGUGAAGUUUGGGCCCCGGGAAAUAUAAGGAAUCCUGACUUGUACAUGUUGAAUAAUGAGGAAACUAGGUAUCGCCAUCGAUACAUGGACCUACUACUAAAUGGUGAGGUGAGGGAUGUCUUUAAGACCCGAUCAAGAGUUGUAUCGUAUAUGAGGAAGUUCCUUGACAAUCUAGAUUUCCUCGAGGUUGAAACACCUGUGAUGAAUCAUCACACGACUUCAGCUGCUCUGUUUGUGACACAUCACAAUGAGUUGAAUAUGAAGCUGUACAUGCGCACUACGCCUGAUCUCUAUCUGAGACAGCUAGUUGUUGGUGGAUUAGACCGUGUCUAUGAAAUUGGGAAGCAGUUUAAAAAUGAGCACGGUUUUGACCUGAGAAAUCAUAACCAUGAGUUCACGACUUGCAAGUUUUUUAUGGCCUUUGCGGAUUACAGUGAUAUGAUGGAGUUGUCGGAGAAGAUGUUGAGUGGGAUGGUGAAGGAGUUAACCGGCAGUUUUGUCAUUAAAUGUCAUUCUAACAACAUAGAUAAUGAAACAGUUUGUAUUGAUUUCACUCCUCCAUUCAGAAGGAUUGAUGUGAUGGAGGAAUUGGAGAAGAUUGCAGAUUUGUAUAUACCACAUGAUUUAUCUAGUGAAGCAGCACAUAAAUAUUUGAUGGAUGCAUGUGUGAGAUAUAAUGUGAGAUGUCCGCCUCCACAGACAACAGCUUGUUUGUUGGACAAACUGGUGGAACACUUUGUGAAGGAAGCUUGUGUCAAUCCAACCUUCAUCAUGAAUUAUCCAGAAAUAAUCCGUCCUUUCGCCAAAUGCCACGUAUCAAAGCCUGGCAUAACAGAAUGUUUCGAGUUGUUGGUGAACAAGAAUGAGCUCUGCAAAGCACGCACUGAAUUAAAUGAUCCUAUGGAACUACGGCAGCAACUUGCUAAUCAACAACUCAAAGCCGAAGGUGAUCAUUUUGAAGCCAUGGUUACAGCUCUUGAGCACGGGCUGCCUCCUACAGCUAGUUGGGGCGUGGGUAUUGAUCAUCUUGCAAUGUUGGUAACAGAUUCCCAAUGCAUAAAGGAAGUAUUGCUCUUCCCGACCUUGAAGCCUGAGUUUGAUGACCAUGGCUUAGAAUACUCGUCUCCCUCUCCCUCCCAAAAGAAUUCUUUUCGUAUCGUUAUUGUUGGAGACAUUCAUGAGGAUUGGGAACUGGAGCACGACUCCAAGGCUCUACAUUUUUUGGAGCCGGAUCUGGUGAUGUUCACGGGCGACUUUGGCAACGAGAAUGUUGAGCUUGUUAAGGGCAUUGCAAAGCUCAACUUCCGUAAGGCAGCAAUACUUGGAAAUCAUGAUUCGUGGUCGACUAGUAAGUUCUCCAAAAAGACGAAAGACGGAGUUCAGGUUCAGCUUGAAUGCCUUGGUGAAGCCCAUGUUGGAUACGAUCACUUAGACUUCCCUCCAUUAAAUGUUAGCGUGGUGGGGGGAAGACCCUUUUCUUGUGGAGGCAAUCAAUUAUUCAGGAAAAAGCUUUUAACCCCCAGGUAUGGAGUACAUGACAUGGAAGAGAGUGCAGAAAGAAUUUAUAAGGCGGCUUUAGGGACUCCGGAAAAGCAUUCUAUUAUAUUUCUUGCACAUAAUGGGCCAACAGGUCUUGGUUCUAAUGUGGAUGACAUCUGCGGCAUGGAUUGGGCAUCUGAGGGUGGGGAUCAUGGAGACCCAGAUUUAGCCAAAGCAAUAUCACAAGUAAAGGAGAGAAGCAAGUAUUGUAUUCCUUUAGUUGUUUUUGGGCACAUGCAUAAUGAAUUGGCAUGUGGAGGUUUCCGAAAGAUGGUAGCUGUGGAUGCUGACAAUACUAUGUAUCUCAAUGCCGCCAUCGUUCCGAGGGUGAGAUAUCCAAGCUCCGGAGGUGGAGCUUCGUCUCGCGCUUUUACUGUCGUAGAAUUUUCAGAUGGUAAAAUUACGAAAGUGACACAAACUUGGGUGUCGAUCAACGAUGGUGAAGCCUCGCUGCAAGAGGAGCUUCUCCUAUUUAAGACCAGCUAGUGUUGUAAUCCUCAUUUUUCUAUCAUUAUCUCUUCGAUUUGCUAGGAUAAGUAGGGUUAUUAUUAUUUUGGUAGGAUACUUGUUAUGAAAGAGUCAUGUCAAUUAGAUGCGAGAGCAAUCUGAAAAAUUAAAGCUAUCCGUGUGAGUAGCAUUCUGAAAAUUCUACAUGAUAAUUCAAUUAUUUUUAUUAUG